AUGCUGAUGAGUUCUCCGGCGAAGCACGAACGAGACGAUCUCUCUCCGGCAGUGAUCUUAUUAGAUGAUGUGAAAAGAUCUCUAGACGACAUAUAUGGUGAGGCAGGAGUCAAAGGCGCCGGAAUGGGAGGCAUGUGGGAUUAUAGUAAUCCGUUUUAUCUGUUCGAGUCACUCUUAGAAGGAAUGGGUGGUAUGGGCGGUGGAAUGGGUAGUAGAGGUGCAAGGAGCAGAGCAAUCGACGAUUUCAAAGAAGCUGUUUUCGGUAUCGAGAAAGAGAUAGAGAUCUCCCGGCUAGAGAGCUGCGUGACUUGCAACGGCUCAGGCGCAAAAUCAAGGAAAAGUGGUAGCAUCUACAAGGACACACAUUUAGGUGUAUUCCAACAAGUCAUGACUUGCUCUCCCUGCAACGGAACAGGGGAGGUUUCAAAGCCAUGCGGUGCUUGCUCAGGAGAUGGACGUGUGAGGAGGACUAAAAGGAUUAGUCUCAAAGUUCGAGCUGGUGUGGAUUCCGGUAGCGGGUUGAGAGUGAGAGGAGAAGGGAAUGUAGGGAAGAGAGGUGGAUCAGCUGGUGAUCUUUGUGCUGUUAUUGAAGUGAUUCCUGAUCCGAUGAUAUGA